AUGAACAAUCUUCAUUCAAGUGACUACGACAUGUAUUUCUUUAACCCGUUCACUCGGGACCUCAUAAACUUGCCUAGAUUUGGGAAGCCUGACCAUAAGUUUGCUUUCUCUUGUGCUCCUACAAUGAGCACUUGUGUGGUGUUUUCCAUUUGUAUCCAUUUACUACCACAUCAUGACUCCAUCAGCACUUGGUCUCCCGGUGCAAUGGAAUGGGUGACAGAGAGCUUCAAGAACCAGCUUUAUUUAUCUAAUGGUCAAUGGAGAAACAUUGUCUUCUCUGAUGGUCUCUUUUACUGUCUCACUAACAGAGAUAAGAUUGGGGUUUUCGACCCAUCUGCUCGUUACUGGAGGGUUCUUAUUGUAUUACGUCCUAGAAUGCACCAUUUCUUGGAAGGAGCUUGGUACGUGGCUGAACACAAAGGACACAUUUUUCUCAUAGAUGCGGCGUCUUCUAGGAAGCCAGUUGUAUUUAGACUUAACCGGUCGCCGUUGAUUUGGGCAGAGAAGCACACGUUAAAAGGCUCAACGAUCUUUGCGAGCCCUGCUUCGUGCGUGUUCAAGCCCGAGCUUACUGGGACGACGAGGAACAAGGUGUAUUUCUCCAAGAUGCCUUUUAACAGUACAUCUUGCAUGAGCUACUCGUUUGAUGAAAGAAGAUACUUUCCAGACAGAACCGAAGGCGAAGAUUUCGCGAAUCCACAAGAAGACUUCAACAUCUCUGCCUUUACCACUAUAGAUUCGGAAAUUGACAUCAGUAGCAUCUUUGGAGACAAAUUAAGAAUCUAA